GCGUAACUGUUUGGGAUGUAGCAUACUUUGCGCUGCUACAUACGCACCCUACCUCUCUGUGUUCGUUGAGCCCGUGUGCUGUCAAUCUCCUUUUUGCUCUAGAUUAGCCAUAUUCAAUCAUAGGUUUACUAACACGCCCCUCUCUCUGUCAUUCUCUCUGCCUCUAUCCCCCGCACAUAUUUCACAGUCUUGACCCUGAUAUUGUUCGUACAGUAUUUUAUUUUUUAAGUGUAUUUUUGACAGAAUUGCGCACAGAUGGAGGACUAUCACAAACCCGACCAACAGACUCUGCAGGCACUUCGGAACGUAGCCAACCGGCUCAGGAUCAACUCUAUAAAGGCUACAACUGCUGCAUGCAGCGGACACCCCACAUCAUGCUGCAGUGUGGCAGAGAUCAUGUCUGUGCUCUUCUUCCACACCAUGAAGUACCGCCCUGAGGACCCCCGCAACAUCAACAAUGACCGCUUCGUCCUCUCCAAGGGUCAUGCGGCACCGGUGCUGUAUGCAGUGUGGGCUGAGGCAGGCUACCUGAAGGACAGUGAGCUGCUCAACCUCCGUAAGGUCGACUCCAUCCUGGAGGGACAUCCUGUGCCGAAGCAGCAGUUUGUGGAUGUGGCCACCGGCUCUCUUGGACAGGGUCUGGGUGCUGCCUGUGGGAUGGCCUACACUGGGAAAUACUUUGACAAGGCCAGCUACAAUGUGUACUGCCUGCUGGGUGAUGGGGAGAUGUCUGAGGGCUCUGUGUGGGAGGCCAUGUCCUUCGCCUCUUACUACCAGCUGGACAACCUAGUGGCCAUCCUGGACAUCAACCGUCUGGGUCAGAGUGACCCGGCUCCCCUGCAGCACCAUGUGGAGAAGUACCAGAAACGCUGCGAGGCCUUUGGGUGGAAUGCCAUCAUUGUGGACGGGCACAGUGUGGAGGAGCUGACCAAGGUUCUGAGCCAACCCCGUCACCAGCCCACCGCCAUCAUUGCCAAAACCAUCAAGGGCAAGGGAAUCUCAGCUGCAGAGGACAAGAUGGGCUGGCAUGGGAAGCCCCUGCCCAAGGAGAUGGCUGAGGGGGUGAUGAAGGACAUCCAGGCGCGCAUCAUGAACACCACCAAGCGCCUGUACCCCGCUACGCCCACCGAGGACUCACUGCCAGUCAGCCUGCGCAACGUCCGCAUGCCCAAUGCACCCAACUACAAACUCGGAGAGAAGAUUGCCACGCGGAAGGCCUAUGGCAUGGCUCUUGCUAAGCUGGGCCGCUACAACGAGCAUGUUGUGGCUCUGGAUGGAGACACCAAGAACUCAACCUUCUCUGAGCUCUUUAAGAAUGAGCACCCCGAACGCUACGUUGAGUGCUACAUCGCUGAGCAGAACAUGGUGAGCAUUGCGGUGGGCUGCGCCACGCGGGACCGUAACGUGGUGUUCGCCAGCACCUUCGCCACCUUCUUCACACGUGCCUACGACCAGCUCCGCAUGGCUGCCAUCUCUGAGAGCAACAUCAAUCUGUGUGGCUCCCACUGCGGCGUGUCCAUCGGAGAGGAUGGACCUUCUCAGAUGGGCCUUGAAGACAUUGCCAUGUUCAGAGCCAUUCCCACGGCAACUGUUUUCUACCCUAGCGACGGUGUCUCCACUGAGAAAGCUGUGGAGCUGGCUGCUAACACAAAGGGUGUGUGUUUCAUCAGAACCAGUCGCCCAGAGAACAGUGUUCUUUACAACAGCAACGAAGACUUCCAUGUGGGACAGGCAAAGGUUGUGUACAAGACCAACGAUGAUCACGUGACAGUGAUCGGAGCAGGCGUAACCCUACACGAGGCACUGGCAGCUGCUGAAAUGCUGAAGAAAGAGAGGAUCAACAUUCGAGUGAUUGAUCCUUUCACCAUCAAGCCUCUGGACUCCAAGACCAUCAUCGAGCACGCCAAGGCCACCAGGGGCCGCAUAGUCACAGUAGAGGACCACUACUACGAGGGUGGCCUGGGGGAGGCGGUGUGUUCUGCUGUGGUGAAUGAGACCGGCUUCAACGUGCACCGUAUGGCCGUGGCCCACGUCCCCCGCAGCGGCAAACCCACUGAGCUCCUCAAGAUCUUCGGCAUCGACCGUGACGCCAUUGCGCAGGCUGUCCGCAAGAUGCUCAGCAGCUCCGCCAACGCCAAGUAGACCACUACCAGCGCCACUGCAACAUGCCAUUGUCAUGGAAACGUCAACCCGAAAACACUUCUGGCAACCCCCGCUCUCCGAGAAUACGGAGUAUGAAUCAAAGGAUUCGAAAAAAGCAAAUAUGCUAUUUCUGAUAACUGUCAUUGAUGUGGUUUUGACCCUUGAUCCAUUGAGUUGGCCCCUUGUAAGUUCAGUACUCCACUCCCCCACAAUCGACCCCAUCCUAGAGAAAGUCAUGAGUACUGCUGUAGUCUGAGUGAGGUGAACGUUAAAAUAAAAUAAAAAUUGGUCUGAUUCUCUCACAUUUUGAUGCGACACACCCUGUACCGCACGUGAGCGAGUGUGUGAGUGGACAUGGGUCUGGUGUAGAGCACUGUUUUUAGCCCCUCAUCCUGACUGGGACUUCACACCAAUAAAGGAAUGGUUUCUUCACA